UGAUAGAUGGCGCCCAACUGCGUACUAAAAUUUGGUUGUUUGCUUUGCUAGAACCCCCAGUUCCUCUCCUUCUCUUAAACCCUACGCCCGCUCUAAUGCUCUUUCUCUUUCGCCCUGUCAUUCCAGUUCAAACUCCAUUCAAUUCUCCUUCCCCAAUUCAAUUGCAUUCCUGUUGUCUUCUUCGUCCUAUUGAUUUUUAUUUGUAAUAUACACACGUCCAGUUUUACUCAGGGUUUUGAAGCCAAAAUUUUUAAUCUGGCAUUUGCUAAUUAUUUCGGAACUUCAUUAGCACUAAAUUGGGGCGAUAGAAGAUGGAAAGGAAAUCAAAAGUGGGAAUGGAGGUGCCUUUCAUUGGAAGUGAUUCAAUCAAGUGGAUUGAGGCGUCUGUUCCGGAUACGUACGCUUCUGCUUCAGAUUCCCGGUCGGUUGCUCCCCCUACUAAAGAUUUUGCUUCGUGCUCUAUGAUUGGGACUCCUCCAACUUACUUCAUUUGGCGUAUUUGCGAGCGAAUGCCACAUACUAUUGAAAUAUUGGAGCUUAAUGCUGAUAAAGACAUCCCAAGGGUUGGAUUACGGAUUUUUUUCCCCGAGGCGCUGUCUCCUUUUGCUUAUAUUUGCAAGAAUGAGAUAAAUUCUGCUUACGGCAAUGUGUAUUUGCUGUAUGUCUUGUCCAUCUCCGGCAUAGCUUACCUUCUCCGGCUUAAAAAUAUCUCUACUUAUACCGGUUCUUUUAUUUUCUCAUCCAAUGAAAUGCUGCACACUGAUACAAGUAUCUCCCCUGAGUGUUCUCAUAUAACUGCUGUCACUGCCACACCUGGUUGUAUUGUUAUUGGGAGAAGUGAUGGAUCAGUUAGUUGUUUUAAACUUGGUGUGCUUGACGAAAAUGCUCCAGGUUUCACAUAUGAAUUGCGGGAUGAGGCACCUUUGAGUCGCUUGUGGGGUCUCAUGUCCAGAAGCAGGUUAUCAGGGUCUGUAAGCGAUUUAGUGGUCUCUGACAUCAAUGGGCGAAAGGUUGUUUUUGUGCUUCAUUCUGAUGGAACUCUACGGGUUUGGGAUGUUCUUCGUCAUGGAAAACUUUUUGGUCAAUCUUUGAGUAGUCCAGGAUUUACUUUCUUACGAAUGUGGGUUGGACCUAUUGAUGUUGAUGGGCGUUCAAUUGCACUGGCUAUAUUAUACACACAAUCAAUGGAAGUGAAUGCUCAGGGAAUUGGCAUUUGUAACCUCAAUUUUUCCUCUGGAGAUAGUUACAAUUUAUCACUUGGUUCAUCAAUGCAGUAUAUUCCUUUAUCUCAGGAUAAAUUGAUUGAUGUAAAACUUUCGUCAAACAAGAUUUGGGUUCUAAAAGAAGAUGGGUUGUUGGCACAUGACUUGAUAUCUUCAAAUUUUGAAACGGAGAAAGGUCAAUUUUACUCCUUGCAAGAAACCUUUAUUGCAGAGCAGUUGUUCCAGAGGUCUGAGCAUUCCCUAGAUGAUCUUUAUCAAACUACAUGCUCAAUCUUUUCUUCUAAGGAUGCAGUGGGAAGUUUCCGGUUUCUGGCGCAAAUAAUAGGAUUUGUGUCAUCUAUAGUCUUACGCCGGCUGUUGCAUCCAGGGGUGUAUAAUGGUAGUGUCUUGCGUAUGACAUUGCAAGAUUAUGACAAGCGCUGGACGGAUAAUGAAUUUCAGGUCUUAACAAUUGAUGAAUUGAGCAAGGAAAUCCUGUUGUUAAUUGAACAUGAGGUUAUCAAUGGAAGUUCUUUUUCAGCCUUCAAAUGCUGGAAAGAAUUUUGUGCACGGUAUUUUGAUCAAUGGUGCAAGAGCAAUAUGCCGUUCAGUUUGUAUGUUGAUGCAAAUAAUGGGGCUGUUGGAUUGAUCAGAGAAAAUACUGUAUCUCUGUUUCGUGCCUUGGAGGCUAUUGAGCUGCUUGUAUAUGGCAAUUUUGGAAAGCUCCAAGAUUUCGCCAAGUUUGGAUCUGAUGUGUCCGGUGACGGCCUUGAGCAUGAGAUACUAUUUGAAGUGCUUCGCUGCUCUAGACUUUUAAGCCUACGAUUAGGCCUAGCUAUAUCGCCUAUUGUUUAUGAAUCAAUUGUUGGUGCAUCUACGGUCUCUUCUGAAGAUAUAGUUCCUCGCUUGUUGAACACUAUGAAAUGUGGCUAUAAAGCAUCUGUUACGGCUUCAAAUGUAUCAGAUCUAGGAGCUGAUUUUCUUUUGAAAAAAGAGAUCGCAGAGAAUAAAAACUUGAGGAAAUUCACCGUGGAUACUCUAAUUUCCAUUCAUGCUUUGUGUGAAAAAGCUAGUGGGUGGGGUGGAGUUUUGAAUGCCAUAGAGAGGUAUUUGAAUCUUCUGGUACCUCGAAAGCCUACAGAAAAUGUGGAUUCAAAUAUGCUCUUAGAUGCCAAUGUGUCCAUCAUAGUUCAAGCCACCUCACAAGUUGCUGAAAUAAUGUUCGAGUCUGCAUUGAGUAUACUUCUAUUUUUAAAUUACAUUUUGGACAUUAGUGGUCAGGUUCAAAUGUCCUCGGAUGAUAGAUCUAAAAUCCAGCUUGAACUUAUUCCUAUGAUUCAUGAAACAGUCACCGAGUGGCUUAUCAUACAUUUCCUAGCUAUUAUGCCAUCAGAAUCGUAUUCAGCUGAAGAUUUCAGCUCUCAGUUGUCAUCUCUAAAGAUAGAUAGUGACUCAGGUAAAAAGUCAUGGACUGCGAAACUUGGUUCAGUUGAUUUCACCUUGGCCUUUGUCCUGGUUUUGGAUGCUCAGGGUUCAUCCCAAGGGCAUGCUUAUCAAUCUUUGCGAUGCCUUCCUAACCCAGGAAGUCUCGGUAAAUUAGUACAGGAUUUCAGUGGUUGGCUAGUUUGGGGCAUAUCAGGGGAAGUUCCUGCAUAUAGUUUUGCACAUUCGACUGAGAUUGCACUUUGCCUACUGAGACACUGCCAGUAUCAUGCUGUUGAGAGUUUGCUCAUGAUCGUGGAUGCACAUUUGAGGAAUGAGAAGUUAUCAGGUAGCAUUCAGAAUAGUGAUGGUCAAUGGUGUGUGCUACAUCAUCUUCGAGGAUGCUCACUUCUUGCUCAGGUUCAAGGUGGACUAUGUGGACCUUCAAAGGAGAAAAAAGUUCGUGAAGCCAUGAGAUGCUUCUUUAGGGCUUCUUCAGGAGAAGGGGCUGUCCUUGCACUGCAGAAGUUGCCAUAUGAGGCUGGAUUUUCACCUUUGGGCAUUACUGGAAAUGUCUCUGCUGCUGGAUGGAAGCUUCACUAUUAUCAAUGGGUUAUGCAGAAAUUCGAGCAAUACAAUGUCAGUGUUGUUGCUUGUCAGUUUGCUCUUGCAGCCCUUGAGCAGGUAGAUGAAGCUGUUGCACCUGAUGGUAAUGCUUCCAAAGUCUUUUUUGCUGAUGAAUCAGCAACUUCCAUAAAAGGGAGGCUCUGGGCAAAUGUUUUCAAGUUUGCUUUGGAUCUUGAUGAGUAUUACGAUGCAUACUGUGCUUUAGUUUCAAAUCCAGAUGAUGAGAGCAGAUUUAUCUGCUUGAGGCGGUUCGUAAUUGUUCUUUAUGAAUGUGGUGCAUCGAAGAUUCUUUGUGACAGCCAGCUUCCCUUUAUUGGUUUGAUUGACAAAGCUGAGCAAGAGUUAGCAUGGAAGGCAGCUUGUUCAGAUAUUUCGGCCAGGCCAAACCCUUACAAGUUGUUAUAUGCCUUUGAAAUGCAUCAACAGAAUUGGCGAAAGGCAGCUACCUACAUAUAUCUACAUUCGGUGCGGUUGAAAAAUGAAAUGGCUUUGAGAAAUUACCAGAAUGUUGCACUCUUUUUCCAAGAAAGGCUGAAUGGAAUUUCUGCAGCUAUCAAUUGCCUGCACCUUGUUCAUCCUAUGCAUGCCUGGAUUGAUUCUCAGAUGACUGGAAAUCAGUUGCAGAGUGCUUCUCAUCCAAAUAAGAAGGCUAGAGUGGAAGAGGAACAAUCAGGUAAAGUUAACGCCCAGGCUCAAAGACCGGAUUUGUACAUUGGUAUUGAUACACUUGAAGACGAAUUUGUGCUGACAUCAGCAGAAUAUUUACUUUCCCUGGCAAACCUUCGAUGGACACGUAGUGAAAACAGAAAAUUUCCGUCAGAUCUCGUUGAACUUUUGGUUGAGACCAAUCUAUACGAUAUGGCAUUCACAGUUGUGUUACGGUUCUGGAAGGAUUCUGGGUUGAAGAGGGAACUUGAAAAAGUCUUUUCUGCAAUGACACUCAAAUGCUGCCCAAAUAAAGCAAGUACUCCAAUAGUUGGAUCACCUGGCCUUUUAUUAACAUAUUCAAAUGAUGAAAUGAUGACGGAAGAAUCGUUCCAUGCGGAUUCUCAUUCCAAACAAAUAAACAGUCAUUGGGAAGUGCUCGAGCAAUAUCUAGAGAAGUAUAAAGCCUUUCAUGGAAGACUACCAGCAAUUGUUGCAGAAACUCUUCUCCGCUCUGAUCCUCAGAUCGAACUGCCUCUUUGGUUAAUUAAUAUGUUCAAGGUUGUGCAAAGUCUCAAGAACCGUACCCUUGUACUAAGGGAGCACAAUGAGCAAUGUAGUGCACAGAAAGAAAAUAGGGGGAUGACUGGUCAAGAAUUGAAUCCAGCUACUCUCUUCGGAUUAUAUGUUGAUUAUGGACGAUAUCCAGAGGCUACAGAACUGCUAAUUGAGUACAUAGAGGCGUAUGCUUCAUUGAGACCAGCUGGUGUAAUCCAUCGAAAAAAACCCUUUGCAACUUGGUUUCCGUACACAACUAUCGAACGCUUGUGGUGUCAACUUGAAGAUUCAAUAAGUAAAGGUCAAAUGACUAAUCAGUGUGAAAAAUUAAAAGUGCUUUUAUAUGGAGCUUUACAGAGCCACCUCACUCUGUUGAAGACAGACUCGGAGGAUGCUACUGCUUUUGCAUGAGAAGUCAUUAGCUGCUAUUGACUCAACAUGGGAUGUUAAAAUGGAAUCUUUCCCGAUAGAACCUCUUUUAGUUGUAGAAGUUGCCAUUCUUGUUCUCAUUGACGAUUGUGGAACUUCGUGUACUACCUUUCUGAUUCGUCUGAAGACAACGCCCUAAGCAGCAUUUCCAUUGCCAAAUAGUGAAGUCAGCAAAAAUGCAGGGAGCUUUGCAUAUAAAGGAUCGACAAGAAGUCAUAGAAUUUAGAUGUGUUUCUCAUUUAGUUUCUGCCUUACUGGGGAGAUACGAUGUUUUGGUCUCUUGGCAAGCAUCACAACGCGUUUCGGCAAUGAGCAUUACAAAGAUUCACUGCGCGAAAGUAUUGUUUUUACAGAUAGCUCUGUAAAUUCAAGUUAGUAUGGAGCAACUGCCAACAUGUGCCAUCAUUAGAUCUGAUGUAAGUUGCUGGCUUCUGCCCGGAUUGUUUAUUUCCUCGGUGUUCUCAAAUGUAACUUAUGUUCUUUCUUGAAGCGGAAACCUAAAUUCAUUAUAGAGUAUCUAGAGACCACAAUGAAAACAAUUAGCAGGAAUUCUGUUCAAGCACAUCUUAUGCAACUGUGGUCUUGAUCUUGUGUCAACAUUUUGAUGUGAAUGCAUCUUUUAGAGCCUUUCAGAUCA